AGUAAAAUGAAAGCAAAAGAUUUCCAAAUUGGUUUCAUGUUUUCUUCCCCUUCUUGUAUUCUUUUCUUCAUCUUCUUUCAGCUUUAGCAAAGUGACAAAUCAAGAAUCAUUAUUAUUUCAUGGCUAAGCCCAAGAGGGUGUACCAGUCCUGGAAGGGGAACAAUAAAUUCUUGCUUGAUGGGAGGCUGAUAUUCGGGCCAGAUGCUAAGUCAUUGAUCAUCACCUUUACGCUUAUCCUUGUCCCUGUUGUUAUAUUUUGUGUAUUUGUUGCAAGUAAUCUUGCUCACAAAUUCACAACUGGAAGUAUAGGAUAUGCAAUUUUGAUCUUAGCAGUUGUCUUCACAAUCUAUGUCUUGUUUCUUCUACUUUCAACAUCAACCAAGGAUCCUGGCAUUGUUCCACGCAAUUCUCAUCCUCCAGAGGAAGUAUCAGGUUAUGAUUCUUCAGCUUCCAUUGAUGUUGGGAAGCCUUUGCCUCGCACCAAAGAAAUCAUUGUAAAUGGUCUGCCAGUGAGAGUUAAAUAUUGUGAAACAUGUAUGUUGUAUCGUCCACCAAGAUGCUCUCAUUGCUCAGUAUGUAAUAACUGUGUGGAGCGGUUUGAUCACCAUUGCCCUUGGGUUGGUCAAUGCAUUGGAAAGCGCAACUAUCGUUGCUUCUUCCUAUUUGUUUCUUCAACUACUCUCCUCUGUGUUUACGUCUUUUCGAUGUCGGCAUUAUAUCUUAAACUUCUUGUGGAUGAUUAUGGAACUGCUUGGAAGGCUAUCAAAGUAUCGCCAGCUUCAGUGGCGCUGAUGGCUUAUUGUUUUGUUUCUCUGUGGUUUGUUGGAGGUCUCACUGGCUUCCAUUUGUAUCUCAUAAGUAGAAAUCAGACCACAUAUGAGAACUUCCGUCACAGAGGACUAAGAGGAGACAACAGGAUCAAUGUGUAUUACCGCGGUUGCAUGAACAGUUUUCUUGAAGUAUUCUGCUCGAAGAUUGAACCUUCAAAGAACAAUUUCCGCGGAUAUGUUCAUGAAGGGGCAUCAAAGACUAGUAAAGGCAGCAACAUUCAAGUAACAGAAGUUGACAUUUCUGAUGAGGAUAGAAGAGUCAAGGUAGAAGACGAUCUUGAGAUUGGAGAUGAUCUGAUGAAGAUAUCCCAACGACGUAACUCUCAAGAUAUUGGUGAUAUUAGAGGUAGAGGAAGUGACAGGUCGCCCAUAAGUCGUUCUGAGCUUGACUUUGGAUUUGGUCUAGAGUCACAAUUUUCGUCCAGGUCUGAGAGUCGCCAUUCUGGCUGGUGAAGAUGAAGUGAAAGGAACUGGUCCUUUUAUAUUGCCAUCUUGCCAAAGCCAUCUACUGCAAUGAUUUUGCAGUCAGUUCGAGAUUUGAAAUGUGAUAUACAUUACGGUGGCUAGCCAUGAAAGUGCAUCUCCAGUGCUCUUUCUUGGUGUCAUUCUGGCUCAACCUGUUUUCGUGGUGGACGAGACCAGGCACAGAACAGCUUUAUCACAAGACACCGAUAAUCUGCUGACUUCUAUAAUGUCUUUUGCUGGUUAUUAUUUCUUGAAAGAACUAUGGACAUAUGUCAAAAGAUUUUGAAAAUGUAUACAUCUAGUCAUUCUUUUCCUAUUACUCCUGUAUGGAUUGCACUCUGGAAAUUCCUAUUUCCUCUGUCCUAUUUUAUGUGUCCCAAGGGAAUUGAAUCCUCAUGUGCUUAACUUUUAUGUUCUGAUCGAAUCUGAUGCGUUACUGCUGGUAUGAUCGCAUCUUCACUUUGGAAAUU